AUGGGUAACUGUUGCUCUCAAGGCAAAAGCCAUGCUUCCUCAAUUACCGAAAAGGGAGAAUCCAUGCCUAAAAGCAGCCAUGACAAUGCAUGCAAUGGCACUCCGGGAAACAACUUCAUUGACAAUGCUAAACCUGCUCCUUCGGUCGCCCCGGGAACCCCCACCAGGCCUUCCAAGCCUGCUGCUCCCGUCGGGCCAGUCUUGGGCCGCCCCAUGGAAGAUGUCAAGUCAACGUACUCCAUCGGAAAGGAGCUCGGACGGGGACAGUUCGGCGUCACCCAUCUUUGUACUCACAAGGUGACGGGCGAGCAGUUUGCGUGUAAAACCAUAGCCAAGCGAAAGCUUGUGAACAAGGAGGAUAUCGAGGACGUUAGGAGAGAGGUUCAGAUCAUGCACCAUUUGACGGGGCAGCCUAAUAUCGUGGAACUCAAGGGCGCGUACGAGGACAAGCACUCGGUUCAUUUGGUCAUGGAGUUGUGCGCCGGAGGAGAGCUUUUCGAUCGAAUUAUUGCAAAGGGACAUUACACGGAGCGCGCAGCAGCAUCCUUGCUGCGGACAAUCGUCCAGAUUGUGCACAACUGCCAUUCUAUGGGAGUCAUUCACAGAGAUCUCAAGCCCGAGAAUUUCCUUCUGCUUAACAAGGAUGAGAAUUCACCACUCAAGGCUACGGAUUUCGGUUUAUCCGUUUUCUACAAACAAGGAGAACUAUUUAAAGAUAUUGUUGGUAGUGCAUAUUACAUUGCGCCUGAGGUGUUGAGGAGGAGAUAUGGACCAGAAGUCGAUAUCUGGAGUGUUGGGGUCAUGCUCUAUAUUCUUCUGUCUGGUGUUCCCCCAUUUUGGGCUGAAUCAGAACAGGGGAUAUUCAAUGCAAUUUUACGAGGCCAAAUUGACUUUGCAAGCGAUCCAUGGCCGUCGAUUUCACCUGCAGCAAAAGAUCUUGUCAGGAAGAUGUUGAAUUCGGACCCCAAACUGAGGCUGUCUGCCUUCCAAGUUCUCAAUCAUCCGUGGAUUAAGGAGGACGGAGAAGCGCCUGAUACUCCUCUUGACAACGCAGUGCUGGAUAGGCUCAAACAGUUUAGAGCUAUGAACAAGUUCAAGAAAGUUGCUCUUCGGGUGAUUGCUGGAUGUUUAUCAGAGGAAGAAAUCAGAGGAUUGAAAGAGAUGUUCAAGAGCAUGGAUACCGAUAACAGUGGUACUAUUACGCUCGAAGAGCUGAAGCAAGGACUCGCUAAGCAAGGAACUAAGCUCUCUGAAUAUGAGGUUAAACAAUUAAUGGAAGCUGCUGAUGCUGAUGGAAAUGGGACCAUAGACUAUGACGAGUUCAUCACAGCAACAAUGCACAUGAACCGGAUGGAUAGAGAAGAGCAUCUUUACACUGCCUUCCAAUACUUUGACAAGGACAAUAGCGGGCACAUUACAACCGAAGAGCUUGAGCAAGCUCUCCGCGAAUAUGGAAUGCAUGAUGGAAGGGACAUCAACGAAAUUCUCUCUGAAGUUGAUGCUGAUAACGAUGGUCGGAUAAACUACGAGGAAUUCGUGGCAAUGAUGAGAAAAGGAAACCCAGAAGCAAACCCCAAGAAACGACGCGAUGUAAAUCUUUAAAUGUACAGUACUGGUGCAUGCGUGCAUUCAUGCAUGGUGGGGAAAAAGAAUCUAAAAUUAAAAUCAUCAUUUUGGAUCAGCCCAGUACUCAUGUUUGUUUUCAUCUUUAGUACUGAAGCAAGCGGGUGGAGUUUCCUAUCUAAAAAUAUAUAGAUUUCGUGGAAGGUGCAU